AUGUUCAACAUGAUCCGCAUGCCACUGCUGCUCCCCCUCGUGGUACUACUACUUCCUCUGCAACAGGCUCAGUCCUUCGUGGGCGGAGCCGUCUCUACUACAACUUCCAGCGCCAACUUGCGAUGGCGGGGCGGAUCGUCGGUGGAUGCCGCCGCCUCGACAGGGCCAGGAGAAGCAGCAGCAGCAGCAGCAGGUCAAGAAGAAUCGGACGUGAUGAUCGGGCGUGGGCCGCAGGAACCGGUCCGGCCGUUCGUUCCCGAUCUGCUCAGCGGAAAACAGGCGCUCGUCACGGGAGGCAACCGGGGCAUAGGGGAGGCCAUCACGGUCGCUCUAGUGAAGGCGGGGGCGCACGUUUGUGUCAUGGCUGGCAACGAAGCGGCGUAUCGGGAUAUGGUGGAGAGGCACGGGUUCGAUGAUACCGAGGGCACCGGUAAUGUAUAUUGGGUACAGGCGGACUUGAGGGUGCCUUCCGAAGCCAUCGCCGGCGCGCAAAAGGCCGUGGAUUGGGCGGGCGGCAGCCUGGACAUCCUGGUGAACAACGCCGGCAUCUGCGUGCUGGAAGACUUCAUGGACAUCUCGUCGGACACGUUCGACGAGGUCAUCGCCAUCAACACGCGCGCUCCGCUGCUGGUCUCCCAGGUGUGCCUCCAAGGCAUGAUCAAGAACAAGUCCGGGAAGAUCGUGAACAUCACUUCGCAAAGCGCCGUCAUCGCAACGAAAGCGCACGCGUCCUACUGCGCGUCCAAGGCUGCAAUGGACGGCCUCUUGCACGGAUUGGUGUGCGAUCUGGCUCAGCAUAACAUUCAGGUGAACAACAUUGCACCCACCGUGGCGUGGUCCGACAUGGGAAUCAAGACGUGGGGUGACCCGGCCAAGUCGCGGCCCAUGCUGGAGAGGACGCCGAUCGGCCGCUUCGUGGAGCCUUGGGAGAUCGCGAACAUGGUGGUAUUCCUGUCGAGCGACGCUUGCACCAUGUGCCUCGGGCAGACGAUCUGCGUCGACGGAGGGUACACGUGUCUAUAGUUCUUCCCUACCGGUAUUGUUGUUGGCGUGUUUGCUGUUGGUUACGUGGUGGUCGUCGUCCUUGUCGUUGCCAUUUUUUCCCGCUGGGAAGCCGUUGAGGUCCUCACCAAUGAGGAACUCCAACAUAGAAGAGGAUGGGUUGGUUUAAUGUACUUUUGUUGGAUGGAUGAGUAUUGAAUAGGAAAGCUACGCCUUUGGUUUUUGACAUGUCGGUCUAAGAGAGUUGGCGCGUGCCUCGCCUUGAUGGUUUGCCAAACUAGCUUGAGGUUGAUGAUGUGGUUUCUUCGAUCGAUGCGUGUGUGCGAGCGAGUGUAGACAACGGUCAGUCGCGAGCGUGUACAGUUAUACCGCAGCUCCCAAUGCUUGGACGGGAUCUAGGGUUCUCUCUUCGUCAUGUGUUGUUUCGUCUGUACACCUGCUCCAGCCUAAGGUAGACGGGCAUGACUAGAACGUAGAGUCGCGUCCGCGACAGGUCAUCCGAUGUUCUGCUGCCCCUUGCGCUUCGGCGGAGGCCUCCUGCUGUGUUUUUUUUGCGGGGAGGGGGUAACGUUGUGCCAAGUUUUGUUGAUUGUUUUCUUCUAUGUGUUAAUUUUUUUUUUGUUUCACUCAGCCUGGAGGAGGAGAUAUCGCCAAACGCUGUG